AAAUUCUGCAGAAGUUUGGAAACCGUUGCUCUAAGUUGUAAAUUCCUUGGAGAAAAGCCACUGUUGUAAUUAGGGUGGGUGAGGAGGAAAAGGGCAGGGCUUGGGAGUUGCAGGGAGCAGGGGUUGCGCAGCUGGCAGGAACUGGAAAAGCGAAGUGAGGACCAGCCCACAGCCCCACACGGCGCUGCACCUGCCAGCAGGGAGGCACCUAGAGUCCAUCUGGUCCAGGCCCCUGCCUUUGGGUGCCUAGACGGCUCCACCUUUCAGCCCCGCCCCUCUUUCCUUUCCAGACAAGAUGCAACGACUGUGUGUGUGCGUGCUGAUCUUGGCACUGGCUCUGACCGCCUUCUCUGAAGCUUCCUGGAAGCCCCGCUCCCAGCUGCAGGAUGCACCCUCGGGUCCAGGGGCCAGUAGGGGCCUGGAACCACAUUGGCCGAACCGGCUGGGCCCAGCCUCUCACCACCGACGGCAGCUAGGGCUCCAGGGUCCCCCACAGCUGGUGGCAGACCUGUCCAAGAAGCAGGGACCGUGGCUGGAGGAAGAAGAAGCAGCAUACGGAUGGAUGGACUUCGGCCGCCGCAGUGCAGAGGACGGGGACCAACAUCCCUAGAACGGAGCUUCAGAGCCCAGCCUCUCCCAGCCCAGCCCAGCCCCGCCCCAUGAAAAACCAAUCAAAAUAAACUAGCUUCC